UCUUAUCUAUUCAAGCCACAAAAGUUCGUAAUGUUAUGUUAACAGACUAGAGAAGUUUUAAAGAGAAGCUGUUAGUUGGCAUAUCCGCUUGCCAACACAACAAUAAGUGAACCACUGUGGAAUUGACGUUUUUGUCGCGUAGCAAGUGAAAGUGUCACGUCGGUACGAUUCUUGUCAGAUUAUUAGUAUUAUUUUUGUUUCGGUGUAAAAUCUUAUUGUCGACAUAUUGAAUUAGGUUAUUGCCGGAAAAAUGGGUGUAAAACCAGCUAUUGGAAGGAAAUCUAACAAGAACCCACCUAUUUUAAGUCAUGAAUUUGUGAUUCAGAACCAUGCCGAUAUAGUUUCUUGUGUUGUUAUGGUUUUUUUAGUGGGAUUGAUGGUGCAGUCCACAAGCCCUAUAGCGAGUUUGUUUAUUAGUCUGCAUCACAAUGUCAGUGGAGUUGAGCCUACGAGAGAGGCGCCAAAAGGAGAACCUUUCACAUAUGAAUCAGGAUGGAAAGAUGGAUGUGCUGUUAUCUUUUACUCACUCGUUUGCAUUGUUAUGCAUGCCAUCCUUCAGGAGUACUUCCUUGACAAAAUAUCAAAGAAGUUCCACCUCUCCAAAUCGAGGCUUAGUGCACUUAAUGAAUCUGGACAGCUGGUUGUAUUCCACUUGGUGACUGUCCUGUGGGGAGGUGAUGCUAUUCUUCGUGAAGGAUUUGUCUUCAACAUAUCAAAAUUAUGGGAUGGUUAUCCUGAUCAUCCAAUGAGUUUCUUAUUGAAGCUGUGGUGGGUUGUGCAAGCUGCUUAUUGGUUGCACACUAUCCCAGAGUUGUAUUUCCAACGCAUUAAGAAAGAUGAAUGGGCUGCCAGAAUAAGACAUGCAGCUGUUGCUUUUGCCUUUGUUGCUGUUGCUUAUGGAUUCAAAUUCCAACGUGUUGGAGUGAGCUUAGUGGUGCUCCACUCGCUUGGUGAAUUUGUUGCACAUAGCUACCGCCUGAAUACUAUUCUCAGGGGAGAACGUGAAGAUGUGUUAGACAAAUUUUUGGGCGUGGUGAACGGCGUGGUAUUCGUGGCGGUGCGUCUGUGCUCACUUGUACUGGGCGUACUCACUUUCCACUUUGGUCUCGCUGGAGUCGCGCAGCUUCCACUGCGGUACGCUGCGUUAUUCGUGCUCGUUUCAUUCCAGGUAUAUCUUAUGUACAACUUCAUUUCCGAGACAAUUAAGCAGAGACAGGAGUCCCGUCAACAGGCACAAUCUAGACCCAAGAAGGAGAAGAAAGAAAAGCCUAAAAAGGAAAAAGUGAAGAAAACUCCCGUGGAGGAAUCGGACUUACCUGAGGUGGAUCAGAACACGAACAAAACAUUGCGGCAGCGGCAGUCUGCCAAGGCCAAGUGAGCCCUAGGCAUACUUUCUAUUUCUAGGUUGUUUCUCGUCUCUAUUCAGUCUUUCCACUAAACUAUAAUUUCUUCCCUUUUACUUCCUCCGAUGUCCAAGCACAAACAUAUACUAUAUAAUAGCAUUUAAUAAUUAAGUUUCCUUCAGCGCCGUUAAAACAACGCGUCUCAUUGUAUACAUGACUAAUACCGACAGUGUUUGUCUUAGCUUAAAAUGUGAAAUAGCCGAAUAUGUUGAUUAAAUCUAUCGAGAGUAAUACCCGUUUAGACUGCGUAACAUUACUAUUGUCAUUUAAAGUAUAGUGGAUACAGGGUUGUAAAAUAUCUCCUAAAGUGUAAAAAAUCUAGGUUAAAAUGUUGUUUAUAUGAAUAUAUUGAGUAAGGAUUAUAAAGUACUGUGUGUUCAUACACAUUAAAUGAUGAAAAUUUCCAUUUUUACUUUGCAUAUUGAUUUUAAAUACUGAUUUAAAUAUAUUCCAGUACAGAUGAUGCUAUUGAAAUAUAAUAUUAUUUUUUAUAAGGUUACUAUAUUUUUAAUAAAUUAAAUUUGUUAUAAUGGGUAUUUAACAAUUUAAUUAAUUUUCUUAUAUUCUGACAAUCUUUUGGUGCUCUUGAAUUUUUAUUAUAUUGAAAUUAUUCUUCAUUUAGUAUGGAUAUAAUAUUGGCCAAGUGUUGUGUUAAAUCAUGAGAUUCGAUCCAUGUUUGUUGUUGCAAUCUUGUGGAGAUUGGCACACGAUGAAAUUAUUCUUCCUAAUGUAAAAUUGUGCUCAUAAAUUAUUGUAUAAUUUUCGUAAAAAUUGUCAAUUUUGAAAAGCUUGAUGUUAUUUUUAUUUCAAAAUAAAUUUUGUAAGAAUA